ACUACAUCUUUUACUAGUACGCGCCGGCGUAAAACUGUGUUGUGGGCUUCAGCCAGACAUUAUACUAGCAAAGGGAGGCGGAUACCAUCCAAACUACUUGCAACGAAAUGUUAGGAUUUUUGAUUCAUAAUAAAACCGUUUAUGACAUACUGGACAGACUAAGAAAUCGAUCAACAUAUGAUUUUGGAACAGUAGUUCUUCUGGAUGCGCAAAAAUCAAAGAUAAAAGACGAGGCUAACGAUGAAAUAGAUUUUGGAACAAUUUCUAGAAUGCCUGGAGAGCGUCAUGGACUCAAUACAACCGAAAAACAACGUUUACUUAAAAUCAAAGAAUAUUUAGUAAAUGAUUUCACUGGUAUUAGUGGAACUAAUAACGCAACAAUGUCAGAUGAUUUCAAAAAUAUUUUACGACAUUAACUUUAACUGAUUAGAAAAUCGUGUAUUUUAUUUGCGCAACAGUUUUGAACCACUAUGGAUACUUAUAAUUUUACAAUCUGUUGUAUUGAACUUUUUUUAUAUACAAAUACACUUAUCCAAAAAAUUAAAGGAACAAGAAAAUUUUAUAAAUUUUUUAGUGAUUUUUGGAAGGCUGUAUUUUCGUGAAAAAUGAUCGUAUCGAAAAAAUAAAAAAAGCAAAUUGAAGCUUGAAAUCUCUAGUUUGAAGAUCUUUCAGCAAAAUAUUUUUUUGAGCCACGGUUUUUGCGGAAUCAGAAGAAAUAG